GCCUUGUGCAAGGCUUGGCACCCACCUCUCCUGCCCACUGCACCGAGCAGAUGAUUCGGUGCAUUAUUUGUUCUGCUUUGUUUGCUCAGCUCUCCUCGGGUUUCCCAGCUCUUUUGCUCCACCCCACUGGGGAUCAGGAGACAGAAAGCCAUUAGUUGGCACUAAAACUAUUUCCCAGUGUGUGAACUCGGAGUAAAGUCCUGGAGGUGGACAAUGCACCCAGCAUGGCUGUAGCGGCGGCAGCAGCGGGCACCAGGGUGCAGAGGAGCGGCUGGCUGGAAGUCCUGGUCAGGGAGCGGUGGCACAAAGUUGGGGUGAACUUAUAUGAGGAGUCCCUGGUGCUCAGCAGUGAGGACAUCAGCUCCAAUGGCAUCACCAAUGGUUCCUACAGAAGUCCCCAAGACCAGGAGCCUGGCAGCCCCAAGGGGGUCAGGACUGCACUCACAGAACUGCCAGAACAAGUGCCAGAGGCCAUUGCCAACAAGAAGAGGGCAGUCAAGGUGGUGAAGCAGGAGUUGGGGGGGCUGGGCAUCAGUAUCAAGGGGGGCAAGGAGAACAAGAUGCCCAUCCUCAUCAGUAAGAUCUUUAAGGGGCUGGCAGCGGACCAGACACAGUCCCUUUAUGUUGGAGAUGCCAUCUUAUCUGUCAAUGAGGUGGACUUGAGGGAUGCCACACAUGAUGAGGCUGUGCAGGCUCUGAAGAAGGCUGGCAGGGAGGUGAUUCUGGAGGUAAAGUACAUGCGAGAGGCCACUCCUUACGUGAAGAAAGGAUCUCCAGUAUCAGAAAUUGGAUGGGAGACUCCUCCUCCUGAAUCCCCACGGCUGGGUAAUUCAUCAAAGUGUCCGCCAUCACCUAUUUCCCUGCCCAGUUAUGGAGACAGGAAAACCAUUCCACUCAAGAUGUGCUUUGUGACAAGGAACCUGACCAUUCCUGAUCCAGAGAGCAGACAUCUGGAGCUGCAUUCACCUGAUGCCAAGCAUACAGUAGUGUUACGAAGCAAAGAUCCAGCGACGGUGCAGACCUGGUUCAAUGCGAUCCACAGAGCAGUGAUGGAGCUGGUGGCCAAGGCAAUUACAGAAGUUAAAGAUCAGCUGGGCAAAAACGGGAUCUCUGGGAGCCAAGAAAUACGACAUAUGGGCUGGUUGGCGGAAAAGGUACCAGGUGAAAACGAGAAACACUGGAAGCCAGUCUUAAUUGUCAUCACAGAAAAAGAUCUCCUAAUGUAUGACAGCAUGCCCCGAAUGAAGGAAGCCUGGUACAGCCCUCUGCACAGCUACCCCCUCAUCGCAACCAGGUUAGUCCAUUCUGGGCCGGGGAAAAGUUCUGCACUACUAGGAACAGAAUUUUCUUUUGCGACAAGGACCGGUUCCAGGCAAGGGAUUGAAACUCAUUUGUUCAGAGUGGAAACCAGUAGAGACCUCUCAUUGUGGACAAGACAGAUCGUCCAGGGAUGUCACAACGCAGCAGAGUUCAUUAAGGAGAUCACCACCCCUUGUACUUACAAGAACCAAGAAUGUCGGCUGGUGAUAAAUUUCGAGCACGGAUUCUCCAUCACCACUCAGGCGCCAGAUGGUACUUUUACUAAGAUAUUAGCACAAUUUCCAUAUGAAAAACUAAAAAUGUCCUCAGAUGACGGAGUUAAAAUGCUGUUUUUAGAAUUUGGAGGCAAAGAUGGAGACAUACAGUUGGAUCUUCAGUGCUGUCCGAAGCCCAUCGUCUUCAUCAUUCAUUCCUUCCUCUCCGCUAAGAUCACCAGACUAGGAUUAGUGGCCUGAGGACAGUUUUGAGAACACUUCACUACAGAAGUAGACCUUCACCAGUGGACUACAGCUUCAUGGAAGACUAAUCAGAAGAAACUCUACACGAUUUUAAAAGGUACUUGAUUUGAGAGAAUCCUGAAACUGAGGAGGAUACGAGUGAUCUGGGGCCCUCUAAAUCAGACGGACACACAGAAUACAUCUAGAUUCUAAUAAUUUCUUGGAUGGUGAGGAACUCUACGGUCCUGGGUGUAGAUGAGGGCCACUGCUCCUUAUAAUAAUCCUAAUCAUUAGCGUCUAUCUGGAAUUUUGGAAUAAAUACUCUGAUUUACUUAGUUGGACUACAGAAAACUGCCUGCGAAAAAUUAAAAACUACUGGACCGGGAGGACAGCGACGUAGAGGAAGACCUUAUUCUGAAGGACCUAUCUGAUCAGAAGGAUCUCGUGAUGCCACCACACUAGAAGACCCACAAGACAAAAACAUGGCUGCUCUCCUACAGAAACAGCGCCGCUCCUGUUUCCAGGCUGUGCCUUGUAUUGCAGCUCAGCUAUACUGUAAUACCACACACAGCCCAUAGCCAGAGGUGGCGCUGUUUCUGGAAGAAAGUGCAGUAAAAGUUCAAGAUAUCCACCACCCAUGUCCUUACUGCGAUGCCUCAAGAUGGAGAAGGUUUCACAUUAUCGUUACCCUGGCGGAAGCUUUCCCGCUCUUUGAUGUCAACUGCUAGCACUUUGUAUAAAUGGCCAAGAGAAGGGGAGCCAGGGUGCUGACAACUGCACAAAGGCUAGUUCUGGCUCAUGAAAGUUGUCACCAAGUCCAUUAAGAUUCUGGCCUGGGAAACUAAAAUUAAUAUCUGCAGUACAUUAGCACUAACGAGUUCUUAUAGAAAAUACUAUGACCUUCAAUUAGACACGGUAUAGUCAAUCCAUGGGAAUUGCUCAAUAAAUUACGAUAAUUUAAAUCCCUUUAUUUCCUAUAGGCAUAAUAGAGGAACAUAACAGAUUUCAGUCAUCAUACACCACCUUUGCUGCUGGUUCUCUAGAUGUAUCAGGGUCUCUGCCAUGUGAGCGUGACCGCUAACUCCUCUAUGGUCAUGUGACAUGUCGGCUACCGGUACUAACUUUUCUUCAUGUCACAGUGCCACCAUUACAUUGCCAGCCAUAGUGCCACCAUAACAGGGUCAUACAAUAUAAUAUACUGAACAGAAAAGAAACCCACUGGGCCCUCACAUGCAAAAAAUAAAAUAAAAACCUGCCCAGAAGAACAGAAUGUGGAUUUUUAACACUAAGUAUUGUCUUCUGGAGGACGUGGCACCGCCACGUAUUACAUUGUCGCCUACUCAGUAGGUGCAAUACAUUACUGCAUACUAGAAGAAAUGUGGCUUCCCCCUCUGCCCAACUUAGGGGGAGCUGCCCAAGAAAGGUGGUUGAACUUGGUGGACAUCUCCUACUCGGAGGACCUCUCCUGUUUUAUUCUCCAUGAGGUAACAAUUCUGAAGCAUCUUUUCUUAGAUUUGUGAGUUAUGCAAUUCCUCUGUUAUUCCUCCUGGAACUGUAGGAAUACAUUGCCAACUGGUUGUUUGAUGGAGAGUUUCCCUAAGACACUGUCCAACGAUUGCUGACAGACUAUGUAGAGACACAGCUCAACCACAAGGAGAAUAAUAAUGCUCAAUUUUAAUUUCAUACACACAUUUUCGGGAGGAAUAACAGAGGAACAGAAUAACACAGAUGUCUAAGAAAAGAUGCUGUAACGUUGUUAUUUAAUGGGUAAUACAAGAUUUUUCAAGUGAGCUGGCAGGUCCUCUUUAAAGGGGUUUUCCAGGAUUCAGAUAUUGAUGGCCUACCUUUAGAAUAGGUAGUCAAUAUCUGAUCGGUGAGUGUCCGACUGUCGGUUGCAACAUAUUUGCCUUAGGCCUCUCUCACACGGGUGCGAUGCGUUAAACAAAUGCAUAGAAUCCUGACCCUGACAAUUUAAUAAAUUUUUCACACCUUAUUUCAGGAAAAAUCGCAGCACGUUCUAUAUUCUGCGUUUUUUUUUGUUUUGUUACACAGCCCUGGCCCCAUAGAAAUGAAUGAGGCUUGUGAGAAAAACGGAAGACAUCCGUAUAUGCAAUACGUUCAUCACCGAUGGUUGCCAGGAGAUGCAGAUUGUUAUUCUUCAGUUUCUCUUCCAAGCGCGUUAAAGUAUCCAAAACUGAUUGCACCCGCGCGGGAAAAAACUGAAACCCUGAACGCAAUCGCAGAAAGAACUGCCUGAAUUUGUGUACAGAUCCUGACGCAGUCGGUAUGGCUGGUGUGCAGGAGGCCUCACAUAACAUCCAGCAGCCGUGUGUGGUCUGAAAAGAAUUCCUUUUCUUACAGUAAUUGCCGUGUUCUGUAAGGAGGGAGCCCCGAGGGACCUCUGCGCCCACAGAACACAGCGCGCCGGUACUUUUCUUCAUAAAAGAUGAAUUCAACGAAUUAUUCUAGUCGAUUUUAAUGCUCUAAGGCUUUUAUUGGAUUUCUUGGUUGUAAAUUUAUUGAUAAAUAAAACACUUUUGCUGACAAUUAUUGUAAAUAAAAAAAGUAUAAAAAUGAA